CAAAUUGAAUAGACAUUGUACCGUCCUGUAAAAUAUCUAAUGAAUGAUCAAAACACGUUUUUAAAACUGCAAACGUGAGCACUUUUGCUUCUAAUGAUCUGCUUUUUGGUUGUAGGUACCAGUAACGGUUUUGUUCAGGCAUGACAAUACGGGUAUAGGUAUACAGAAUAAACGUACAGUACGGUACAAAAAUAUGUACAACUUGGUUGCGAAUUGUACAGUACGAACCAUAAAUUCUAAAACGUUAAUAUGGUGUAGUCCGCGUCGUUCCAAUCCAGGCGCUAGAAGUUUGCGCCCCGAAGGCAAACGAAGAAUUUCCAUAAUAUUACCUUCUUUAUGUCAACGUAUAUAUGGCCGUAUAUAUACUGUAAACGCGAAUGCAGGCACUUAUUCUUAUCUUUGCAUGACCUGCAUCAAGAAUUUAUCGACGUUUUGCGAAAAUUCUAGCGAAAUCCGUAUCACAAGAUGGCAUCGCCUGACGACAAUCCGAAGCAGAAUGCCACAGUUGUCCCGAAGAAGGUCGAAGGACCGGAAGCGUAUAAGUACAAAUUCCACGACAAGGAUUUUUUACAAAAUUAUCAUGGAACAAGGGUCUUUUACCCAUUUUAUCUCACCAUACCCAGCAUCGAGAAAUUUGAAGCGGAUCCAUCGGAUGUGGCAAUCGUAACUUUCCCAAAAUGCGGCACAACAUUCAUGACAGCCAUCCUGCAUAUGAUCAACAAUGACGCCAGUCCCAAAUGCAUGACCGAAGGCCCCAAUUUGGAAACUUAUUUUCCGUACAUGGAAAUGUGCACACCUAAUAUGCCGGUCGGGGCGCGCCCCAUUGACCGGAUGCUGGCCAUGAAGCCGCCACGGCACUUUUACACGCAUUUCGGCUGGGAUGCGCUGCCGAAAAGCGUCAUCGAAAAAGCCAAGAUUAUUUAUGUUGCUCGAAAUCCGAAAGAUACCAUUGUGUCUAUGCACCAUUUUAUGCGGGCAACGCCGUCAGCCGCAUUCAAGGGGACAAUCGAGGAGACCUUCGAGUCGUUUGUUAAUAACCGCUGCAUUUAUGCACCAUUUUGGGAUCACGUGGCUGACUUUUGGUCAAAACAUAAAAAUCACAGCAAUAUCUUUUUCACCACAUUCGAACGACUGUUAAAGGAUUUUAAAGGUGAGACGCAAAGACUAGCGCGCUUUCUCGGCAAGGAAUUCACUGAUGAGCAACUAGACACCAUCCUUUUCCACUGUAACUUUGAUGCUAUGAAAAAGAACAAAUUAACCAAUCGGGAAGCCAUUGCCGCCGCUGGCUACUGGGAUUUUAAUAUCUCCCAUUUUAUGAGAGCCGGAAAAGUAGGAAACUGGAAAACGGAACUGCCACCGGAAUUAAAUAAGCGCGUUGAUGAGUGGAUCGAAAGCGAGCAGAAUAGGCUCAAGGACAAAUUACAAGGCUUGGAGUUCGAAUACGAAUGAAACCUUAACACUGCCUAUGAUCCAAAAGCUGAUUAUAAUUAUUUGAUUAGAGCAUUCUGAAAUAUUGCAGUGACCACUACACCAGACAACUUGUACAACAGUUUUAUUACUCUAUUACAAAUCAAAGUCCACCUGUAAAAGAAAAUGGUGAGCUUUUAUCAAUAAUGUGCUAUAGUAGUAUAGCUACGUCGUGAUACUAGGACGGACAUUGAAAAUACGAGUAAUUUGUUAUGCUUGAAAGUUACAUUACGCUGCCCAAAGCGAAUUUACUGAUCAAUCGAGAUAAAUAAAGUUCAUCAUC